AUGUUGGAGGCGGCCGCCCAGCUGGCAGCCAAGGGAGCCCAUGUCGUGCUGGCCUGCCGCAACCUGCCGCUGGCGGAGCAUGUGGCGCAAGACAUCAGGCGGCAGCACCCGGGGGCACGCGUGGAGGUGGGGCCCCAGCUGGACCUGGCCUCGCUCGAGUCGGUGCGCCAGUUUGCGGCGGCAUACAAGCGCACGGGGCAGCGCCUGGAUGUGCUGGUGAACAAUGCGGGCUGCCUGGCGCUCGCAGGCACCAACUACCAGCGGCCGUGGCACACGCCCGAGGGUGUGGGCGGCCUAUGCUUGGUCAACUUCCUGGGGCCCUACACCCUCACCCGCCUGCUGGAGGGCGCGCUGCAGCGGUCGGCGCCGGCGCGGGUCAUCAACCUCUCCUCAGUGACCCACCGCUAUGGCUGGGUGGGCGACGCGGGCAAGUUCCUGCAAAGCUGGAGGCCGGGCAGCUACUACCCAUCCACCAAGCUGGCCAACGUGCUGUUUGCCUACGAGGCGCAGCGCCGCCUGGGCCAGCACGGCGUGCAGAGCUGCGCGAUUGACCCAGGCGGCGUGGCCACCAGCAUCUGGGAGCACUCCAUGUUUGCCAAGCCGCCAUUCAGCUGGGUGAUCAACAACAUCUAUGCGCCUGCCAGCGACGGCGCGGCAGCCGUGGUGCAUGCCGCCACCGUGCCCUGGGGCCAGGACCGCGCCGCGGCGGCCGCCAUCAACGCGCGCUGGGCGGGCCGCGGCAGCGGCAGCGGCAGCCGCCACACCUCGGCCGCACGGCCGCUGCCAGACCUUCGGUACUACGCCCGAGGCCUGUUUGCGUCCCCGCUCGUCACCAGCUGGCGAGGCACGCCCCGGCGAGGGGCGGCGGACAGGCUGCGGGAAGGGGCCUGGGGGCUGGUCACGCUGGUGCACAGCCUGCUGGACUGGCCGCUGCGCAACCUCAGCAGCGGGCGGCUGUGCAGCGGCACGCGCUGCGUGCCCUCGGCGCCCCUCACCUAUGAUGCCACCCUGGCGGCGCAGCUGUGGGACCUGUCCGCAGACGCCGCCCAGCUGCCGCGAGAGUGUGCCGUGGUGGCGGGCAAGCGGUGA